UUUUUCUUUUUUCAGAUAGGGCCUAGCCGAAAGUGUGGAAUAACCAACUCCGCAGGUCAUAGAGACCUGAACACUUUCUGGCAGACAGCAGGAAGCAAUGCUUUAGUCGAUGAAGUAGAUUUGGCCUGAACUUUUUAAACCAGAGUUUUUUUUUUAUUCCCACCCCUCGAAGUGAAAUAUCAGUUAUCAAAUGGAAUCCAAGCAAAAUCUAAUUACAUCUGGCAAUCACACCCAAGAUGAGAUGAAAGAGGUGAAACAAGAGGACUUGGUUCCAGUGGGUCCUGAAGGAAAACCAUUAAGUGUUCCAGGAAUUCUGAAGACUGGUGAGAAGAUGGGAAAAAAGACCAUAGUCCUGGAGGGUGGAGAUGGAAAAGCCUUAGCUCAUAAAACAUCAGAGGGCAACUCCAAAGAGGCAUCUGCUGAGAAACGACACCGCAUACCCAGCAGUGGUUCGGAUUCUGGCAGCACAGGAAGAGGCUCACCUGAUCCAAAUCCUGAAGACAUCUUGACCAGUGUCGCUCCCACCCUGGAUCCUGAUAGUGUGGAGGUAGACCUAAACCACCAUCGCAUUCGAAGGAUUGCCCACCUGGACCACCUUCAAAAAGUGGAAUAUCUCUGUCUACGCUGGAACCUGAUCACUGUCAUAGAAAAUUUGCAUCCUCUGACAACCUUGAAGGAACUAGAGCUCUAUGACAACCAGAUCACGGUCCUGGAAAACCUGGAUGCCCUUGUGAACCUUGAGAUGCUUGAUGUGUCUUUUAACCGUCUCAUGAAGAUCCAAGGCCUGGAGAAGCUGACAAAACUCAAAAAGCUCUUCCUAUGUGCAAACAAGAUCACUGUUAUAGAGAACAUCAGUCACCUGAAGGAUUUGGAGCUCCUUGAACUGGGUGACAAUCGUAUCCGAGAAAUUACACAUUUGAAUGGAAUGAAAAAUCUGAAGAGCUUGUACUUGGGGAAGAACAAAAUUAAGGAGAUCAAAAACCUGGAUGAUCUCACUCAGCUCACAGUUCUCAGCAUACAGAGCAACCGCCUUACCAAGCUGUCUGGUCUGGAACCACUGAAGAAUCUGGAACAGCUCUAUAUCUCCCACAAUGGGAUCCAGAAAUUGGAGGGGCUGAAGGAGAACUUGAAUAUCCAGACCUUGGACAUGGCUGCAAACUUCAUUGCAAAAAUUGAGAAUUUGUCACAUCUAAAAAAUCUGGAAGAAUUCUGGUUCAAUGAUAACAAGUUGUCAGACUGGCAUGAGUUGGAGCAGGAGCUGAAGCCUCUGACAAAGUUGGCCACUGUGUAUCUGGAAGGGAACCCAUUGGCUGAUGAUUCCCAGUAUCGUCGAAAACUCAUGCUGAUGCUUCCAAGCUUGACCCAGAUUGAUGCCACCAUGUGCAGGAACCCAGCUCAUGGCCUGUGAAUGUGCAUCUCAUUGUGAUAACGAUGACCCUUGGAUGCUUCUGUCGUUUGUGGAAUUAUCGAACAGAUUGCAAGCACUUUCCUUUUCUUUCUGUCAUGCUAUAUAUCUGAUUUCCUGGAAGUUCUGAGAGAACAAAAACACAAUUUACUUCAGCAAA